AUUGGUUUACAUCGAUAAGCAAACUGUAGGCGCAUUGGACCGUGUUUUUUUACUUGAGGGAGGAAGGAAGUUUGACAACUGGCAAGGUUGUGGGUAUCUUGUGCAAGAUGAGUGGUUUUAUUAGGGCUAUGUGGGUAUCUGUGGGUAAGAAGGCUGAGCGCCUCACUUAUGCCAGAUAUUUUUUGGGUCAUGUGCCAGCAGUUUCUCCAUUCCAGCAAAGGACCCUUUCUACUCUUUCCCGCUCUCCUUCAGUACAGGCUUCUACAACCUCAAUCAGAAAUACUGACGGUGCAACUAAUAUGUUUCAGUGUUUCACUGCCCAAUUUCUUCCUUGGAACCAGCAGUCAAUCCGUACCAAGAAACGAGGCACUGAAUAUCAGCCAAAGUUUCUCAAAAGGCUGAGGACACACGGUUGGGUUAAACGCCUUAGCACACGCAGUGGAAUAGAAGUGAUUCUUCGUAGAAUGCUGAAGGGUAGAAAGUCACUGAGUCACUAGUUCAUGGGCGGAAUUACUUUACAACGUUUGUCUGUCUGCUUCAUACUACUUCUGCAGCCUUACGGAUACCUUUGCAUGAGACUCCAUCUUGAAUUCCAAAGGUUGGAUUCCCUGCUAAAGAUGAGAGGGUCAUUAGAGCUUUUCAUUGGGAUUAGUCUUCUAACGAUGCAAAGUAUUCUAUAAAUAAGGUCUUCAUUAAGGAUCUUGUUCAGAAUAGUGUGGAUGCCAUUUGUUGUGGGUACUGUUUCAUUUAAUGUAUGCGAUAAUAUUGUUCAUGCUGUGUGUUUGGACAAAUGCUGGAAUAAAAUGCAAACUGAUUUUUUUUGUUUGACGUUAAAAUAUGAAAAUCUACAUUUAUGAUCAGUUCUCUAUGCAAAUAGUAUGGAAAUGUAUCGGCAUUUAUUACGAUAAUUUAACGCAUUGGUGAGAAGAUUUGCUUUGCUAUUCUGGUUAUUGUAAUAAAUACUUUCUAAGAAAGACUAUAAAGUUUAAUCCCUUGUAUAUUGCCAGUCUAAAUGGACAGGUGUUUGAACAAUAAAAGUUUUGUGUGGAGAGCAGUCA